AUGGAAACCCAGACGCUUACCAACCUGACGCCUACGCUGCAAACACUGGCCGCCGCCGUUCUCGUCGUCGCGGCAUACGCCUUCCUCCAGAAGAUUCAGCACCACUUGCAGAUCCGAAGGCUGCCAGCCUUUCACAAUGCCAUCAGCAGCGAGGCGCACAGGAAGCAGUACAUCAAAUCGGCGAAGAGCUUGUACCAGGAGGGCUACAAAAAGUUCAAGCACUCGGUCUGGAGGGUAACGUCCGCCGAUGGCUUUCACCAAGUCGUCGUUCCGCCUUCCGUUUUGCCAGAGCUGAGAAAGCUCCCGGACUCGGUGCUCAGUAUUGAGAAAGCCGUUGCCGAGUUCUUCGCCGUUAAGUAUACGAGGUUACUCGCCGAUGAUCGCGAUAUCGCCAUGCUCAUCCACUCGAUCAAGACCGAUCUUACUCCGGCUCUCGCACGCUUGAACGGCAUUGUCUAUGGCGCGGUCGAGCAAGCUCUGGAAGAAGAAAUGCCAGCAGGCUGUGAAGACUGGACCCCGGUGAAGAUCAACGCUAAGCUGCUCAAUAUGGUAGCCAAGAUCACAGGUCUCAUUUUCGUGGGUCCAGAGCUCUGCCACAACGAAGACUAUCUCGACUCUGCGGUUAACUACCCCGGAGAUGUGGUUGCAGCGGCGCAAGCGGUCAAGCUAAUUCGACCUUUCUUGCGCCCUUGGCUCGCUCCUCGCCUGCCAGAGGUGCGCAAAUUGGACGAGACGGAGAGGAAGGCCAUGCAGAUGCUGGAGCCUGUAGUUAGAGCGCGACGCGACGCUCAAGAGAACGAUCCGGACUGGCAGCAGCCUAACGAUAUGCACACCACGUCCACAACGGUGACUAACGUUCUUUACACCCUCGCAGCUCUUCCGGAAUAUGUGGAACCUCUACGGGAAGAAGUUCGCCAAGCCAUGGCCCAGAAUGGAGGUACCAUUACCUACCGGGCUCUGGAACAAAUGGUCAAAUUGGACAGCUGCAUGAAAGAAACCAGCCGCUUCUACAGCGGUAUCGUCAAUUUCCAGCGGAAAGUCGCCCGCGGCUUCACCCUCUCUAACGGCCAGUACAUUCCUCCCGGCGUCAUCCUAGAAGCCCCAUCCCAUGCCAUCUAUAUGGACGACGCCAACUUUCCUCAGGGCUCCGCGCCGGCCAACGUCUUUGAUGGUUUCCGAUACUACAAACUGCGCCAAUCCGGACUCGUUUCCGACCACGCGCGUAACCUGUUUGUCACAACCAACGAGCAGAACCUCGGAUUCGGAUACGGCAAGCAUUCCUGCCCAGGGCGGUUCUUUGCGGCCAAUGAGAUUAAGAUGCUUCUCGCCAAGCUGCUGCUCGAAUACGACUUCAAGAACGACGAUGGGAGCACCGUGAGGUAUCCACAGAUUGAGGUGGGAGGCUUCACCAGCCCGGAUCCCUCCAAAAACCUCUUGUUCAGAAGAGUGAAGGUAUGA